UAUUCAGGACAAAGCCAGGGGCAGGGUGGGAAUCCUAUGGAGAUGACCAUCGUCUUGAGGUCUUCCUUCCAGGGCUCCAUCCGGGCCAGAAGAUGGCGAGAAACAUGGAGUUCUGGCACCAGGGCCAUGUCUCGCUACCCCACCACUCUCCUGGGCCUAGUGCUCUGCCUGGCCCAGACGAUCCACACGCAGGAGGGGCCCCUGCCCAGACCCUCCAUCUCGGCUGAGCCAGGCACCGUGAUCCCCCUGGGGAGGCCUGUGACCCUCCAGUGCCGGGGCCCGGUUGGCGUUUACGCCUUCCGCCUGGAGAGGGAGGAUAGAUCUGAGUACAAAGAUAAUUAUAAUGUGUUUCGACUUGGUCCAUUUGAGUCUGAGGCCAGAUUCCGCAUCGACUCAGUAAGUGAAGCCAAUGCCGGGCUUUAUCGCUGCAUCUAUUAUAAGACACCCCGAUGGUCUGAGCACAGCGACUACCUGGACCUGGUGGUGAAAGAAACCUCUGGAGACACGGACUCCCCCGUCACAGAGCCCGGCUCCUCAGCUGGACCCACGCAGAGGCCGUUGGACGACAGUCACAAUGAUCAUGCACCUGCUUCCCAAGGCCUGAGUGCUGAGCAUCUUUAUAUUCUCAUCGGGGUCUCAGUGGUCUUCCUCUUUUGUCUCCUCCUUCUGGUCCUCUUUUUCCUCCAUCGACAGAAUCAGAUAAAGCAGGGGCCCUCCAGAAGCAAGGACGAGAAGCAGAAGCUACAGCAGAGGCCCGACCUGGCUGUUGAUGUUCUAGAGAGGACAGCAGACAAGGCCACAGUCAAGGGACUUCCUGAGAAGGACAGAGAGACGGACACCUCGGCCCCGGCUGCAGGGAGUUCCCAGGAGGUGACGUAUGCUCAGCUGGACCACUGGGCCCUCACACGGAGGACAGCCCAAGCUGGGUCCCCACAGUCCACAGAGCCCAUGGCUGAGUCCUGCACGUAUGCAGCCAUUGCCAGACACUGACCCCAGGCCCACCUGACCUCUGCACCUGAGGAUAUAAAGUCACUCUAGGAAAAGCCUGAAGUGGCCAUUUGGAAGGCUUCCUUUUGGAUUCAUCAUCGUCUGGAAAGCGAGCCAGACAGCUGUCCUGGAGACAUGAGCUGGAGACGAGUUUUCUAACCAGCAUCCAGAAGUUUCCUUAACCAGGUGGUUCUUUCUACAAUUGACCAGCUCCUUGAAUAGAUUGUGUUGCCACUGAUUCUAGAGACCCAGAUACAUACACCUGACUACUUCUAGAAAUGAAGCUCUAAUCAGCUAGCUGUUUCCAGAGACCCAUCUACAAUUGUCUGGCUAUCUCUAGAGCUCCAGCUACAGUUGUCUGGCUUUUCUAGAGACACAGCUACAGUGUGACUGUUUCUAGAGACCCAGCUGCAGUUGUCUGGCUGUUUCUAGAGACCCAGCUUUAUUCACCUGACUGUUUUCAGAGACCCAGCUAUAGUCACCUGGCUAUUUUCAGAAACCCAGCCACAGAUUGUCUCCAGAGACCCAGCUACAAACACCCAGCUGAUCUGAUGAGCGGUGAUGCAGUCUCCCAGCUGGUCCUAGGUGUCUCCUGUGAAUCUCCAAUGACCCCAGAGACUUUGUUGGAAUGAUCUGCUCUUCUGACCCCAAAGACCUUCCUAGAAGUGAAGAGCUAACCUUGAGACAGUGCUAUACAUUUACAGCUGAGAGCUAAGCCUGGUUCUCUAGGUCAUACUUUACUCUGUGCAUCUGUAAAUAAUUCUGAAGACAUCACACCUGGCUGCCCGGUGCCUGGUCCUGGGUGCACAGGCCACUUGGGCUGAGUCUCUGCCUUCACAGUUGUUCAAAACUGAGUGAGGGAAACAGGACUUACAAAGGAGGUGUCAGCGUUUUCAUUUUAAAAUUGAGUGGACCAAGAUUGCAUAUAUUCCGGGUGUACAAUGGGAUAAUUUGAUACACGUUGCGCAAAGAUCGCCAUAAUCAAAUUAAUGAGCACAGUCGUCCUCACCCGUGCCGUACCCAAGACCUCCUGAACUUGCUCAUCACAGGACUCAGAGUUGGUGUCAGUGCUUUCAGAUGGAGCCUGUGUUUCAGGGAUGAAUGAGGGAGGUGUCUGAGGGACGCGUGGGUGGGUGCAGACAGAGAGCUGACCUCACCUGCCCAAAGCUUCACACACACGCACAAGCAUGUGUACACUCACACGUGCACACAGCAUGCCCACACGCUCACGUGUCCCGAGAGAGCCCUGAAUCCACUGCUGGAUGAGGCAUAUCCAUGUCUCCGCCCACUUGUGUGGUCUCAUGUGGUCUCCCAGCUCAGAUUAAAACAGGAAAUUACUCUGUGAGUCACCAGAGGGGGAGAGGAUCUCUGAGUUAAUUUGUGUUUAUCUUUAAAAACAAAACAAAAUGUAACAAAACAAAAGAAAACAAAAUAAAACAGUGCCAAGCCUGAAGUGGCGACUCAAACGGGCACGGCUUCUGGUGCGGCCCUGCCUGGAAAGGACUGCACAGGUAAACAACUAUCAGACCAUCACAUUCUACCCUCUAAAACAGACUGUUAUGAUCUAUCAAUGAGCAGGAAGAAUAUCCAAAAAUCCCGGAAAACCGGAACCAAAACAAAAACAGAAAAGGCACUUGCCGGCCUUUACAAGAAGGAUAG